AUGAUUUUUUACAAAUUACUUUUUGAUGAAGACGUUACAGGUUUUAUCCAACUUACUUCUGAGGCUGAUCUUAAAGCUUUAAGACAAGAACUUAUUGAUAAAGUGCCAGUCCAGAAUUCUACUUUAACAUUAGGUCCGAAAUUUCAGAUUGUCAAUAAUAGCACCAUCAUUCAACUCCAUAUAGAUGGAAAUGUAGCAUCAGAUUUAGACAAUAUGAUCAAAAACAAGAAUAUAACCACCUUCUCUUCCGGUAUGACAAGUCUUCUAGACCAGGAUAUUGGCUUUCAGAAAACCACUAUUUAUACCGUUUAUAAUGUUUACAAAAGAAUUGAAGAUCCCAAUGUUAGAAGAGAAUUUAGAGAUUGGAUAGCUGUGCUCACUAUAUUAGCAGUAACUGAUUAUGAAUACUUGACAAUUUUAAAAUUUGUGCUUAUGUUUAAUGAUGAAACAAUUGAUUAUAAGUAUCUAACAAUUAUGAAAGAUUUUACUAAAGCAGAAGUUGACGAGUAUUUAAAUCUUUUAAAAGAUAAAAUCAAACUAAUUAAUAUAUUAAAGAUUUUGAAAGAUGAGCUGCCUAGAUCUAAUGAAUCUGGAAUAUUCUACAGAUCGUUAUUCAAGUAA